AAAUCCCAACUUUAUGCAGCGAUAUCAAAAUGCACUUUUUUAUUAUAAAAUUUCGGUUUAAUUAGAAUUUUUUUAAUCUCCUUUUGCUUUGUGUGUCACGUGUCUUAUCAUUUCACACCUUUACAAAACUAUAUUUCUUAAUUUUGCCAUAAUAAAAAGGAACAUCAUCUUUAGCUCCACAGACACUUAUUAGAGCAUUCACUGUACCUUUCAAUCUAUGUAUCAUUUAAGCAGUGUAUAUGUAAAAUCCACUCCAUCUGAAAAAUCAAAAUAGAAACUUUCACAUUGCAUCAUUUUUUCACUAGGUAAAAUUUUUCAAUAAACCUACAUAGCACAUUCAAAAUGGUAGACUACAGAAAAUGGGAUCAUAUUGAGAUAAGUGAUGAUGAAGACGAAACACAUCCUAACAUUGACACUAGGAGUUUGUUCAAAUGGCGACAUGAAGCUAGAGUUCAGCGCAUGGAAGAAUUUGAUGACAAAAAACAAGAGUUGCAAAAGAAGAUAGAUGCCAAUAAAGAAAAGAUGAGGAAUGUAAAGGAUAACCUGGCAACGGCAAUGAAAGAAACCAAUGAAGAAGAAUUAAAAAAGCUGCAAAUGUCCUUGAAAGAUCUAGAAGUUGAGGAGGAAAAACUGCUUGAUGAAAAACGCUAUCUCUUAAAAGAGGAAAAGGCACAACCAUUAAAUGUGGAUACAUUAAGCAAGCCAGGCUUUUCAAAAACUAUAAUUAAUAAACCAAAGCCAAAAAAGGAAACGUUAUCAGAAGAAGAGCAACUUGAGCGUUCAAAAAAGUUUAUGGAGCAAUACAAGGAAGAGAUUAAGAAAUAUGGCAUGUUGCAUGAAUAUCAUGAUAGUGAAGAAUUGCUUAUGAAAUCUCCUCACCUUGCAUGCGAAGAUACAGCUAACUACCUGGUUGUGUGGUGUAUUGAUCUUGAAGUGGAGGAGAAACAUGCUUUAAUGGAGCGUGUUGCACACCAAACCAUAUGCAUGCAAUUUCUACUGGAACUCUCAAAACAAUUGGAGCUCGAUCCAAGAAGCGCAGUCAAACCUUUCUUUACAAAAAUGCGCAAAAGCGAUGACCAGUACAUGCAUGGCUUUAACGACGAACUGAAAGCCUUCAUUGGUCGCGUCAAAGAUCGAGCACAGGCGCGUAUCGACAAGGCUAUGAAAGAAUAUGAGGAGGAAGAAAGACAAAAACGUUUGGGACCUGGAGGAUUGGACCCUGUUGAAGUGUUUGAAUCAUUGCCCAAGAAACUUCAAGAAUGUUUUGAUUCGAAAGAUAUACAGUUGUUACAAGAUACCUUAACGGCGAUGCCAGAAGAAGAGGCUAAAUACCACUUAAAGCGAUGUAUCGAUUCUGGACUCUGGGUUCCUGAUGGAAAUAAAAAGGCAAAAGAAGCCGAAGAAAGUGAAGAGAACAGUGAAGAGCAGUAUGAAGAAGUGAAAUAAACGAAUCUUGUUUUUUCAACGGUUAAAAAAAAUCUUGAAUGAAAAGAAUUUAUAAACUUAAAUUUAUUUUACGGUUUGGCGUUGUCGGCUACCAUAUCUGUAACUUGUUCAUCGUACCACUUCCAUGUCUUUUUUUUAUACAAUAAUUUUUAUUUUUCCUAACUGUUCCGAAAUUUAUUCACUGUGAGUUCCACCACAGUGUCUAUAUUACUAUACCACACUGACACACAGUGUGGUAUAGGCAGUUGGUAAUCACAGUUCAUUCCUUGCUCUUAUCGAAGCUUUUCCCUGUUUUAUCUUUGAAUCGUAUGGUGAAGAAGUUAUCGGAAACUGAGCUACUGAAAUAUUUCCUCUUCAAAUGUUUUGUACUGAAACUGGAGUUCUGCUACUAGCAAUUAUAUGUAAAACUUUUUAGGAUAUGUUUAUCAGAGUUGUCAGAUUUGGCAGUAUUUAAGCUAGUAGACUGAACGAUACCUUGUUAAAAUUAAAAAUAUACAUGUGUACAAACAUACAUUUUCA